AAGUGGAGUGAGGAGGCGGAGGAGAGCAGAGAUUUAUUUCCUUUAAUGGCUCCAAUUAUUAUAUCCUCUCUCUCUCUCUCUCUUUUUAAUAACGUUUGAUUUCAUCUCAUCCGAGGGGCUCGUGUUUGGAACCCUUUCUUUUUUUUUUACUUUCUCGGGAUCUGGAGAUGUGAAGGGCGCACGGAGAUGUGGAUUGUGAAGGAGCGUCACAGCUGAGAGAUGUCAAGUGUUUCCAAGCGGUGAAGAACACGAGAAGAAGGAGUUUUUUUCUCCCAGGGCGCCGCUGGGUGCCCACUAUUCUUGGUGGUGGGUGACACUUUCAUAAAUGUCCCCGCGGGUAGCCGGAUCUUUACGCACAGAUUUGGGGUUCGUUGUUUGGGAACGGGGGACACCCAACCCGGUGCGCACCGGUGUUAACAGAUCCACCGACUCCUGCUGGGAUCUGACCGUCAACCCCUCAACUUCAACACGGUCUCUCCAGGCGAUAGACGGCCCCCACUAUAAGACAACCUGUCUCACAUUUACAGUAUGGAUUACUGGACCGAAAAUCGAUUUAACAACUUUUUCUUAAUGUGACUGAAACUGUGUCAACCGGCAUCACACGUUUCCUAUCAUGACUUUCUUUUUCUGCGCACAUUGGAGCCACAUAUUCGGUGAUUCUGGGUUAUUUCUGACACGUUUCGACUCAGAAACCAGACCUUCCCGAUCACUUUGAGGAGUUGGUGCGUAAAUCUCGUCGGCUCUCAUGGGACUGAGGCAUUCGUCGCGGUGUUUGCUGCUGCGGCGGAAGAUGGCGGAGGCGGACAGCUCGGAGCGGCAGGAGCCUGUGACAGCCCCCCUCUCUCAGUCUGCUCAGCCCUCCCCGCUGCCUAAACCAGUGCCUACCACCCACCACAUGCCAUGCGUCCCCCACACGCCUCAUGUAGCAGCCUUGUCCACCUGUCCCGGCAGGGGCAAGAUCGCCAAGUUCAUCAGCCCGGAGGAGAUGACAUCACGGGACUACUACUUUGACUCUUACGCCCACUUUGGCAUCCAUGAGGAGAUGCUGAAAGACGAGGUGCGGACGCUGACCUACCGGAACGCCAUGUACCACAACAAGCACGUGUUCAAGGACAAAAUCGUCCUGGACGUCGGGAGUGGAACGGGGAUCCUCUCCAUGUUCGCCGCCAACGCCGGCGCCAAACACGUGUACGGGAUAGAAUGUUCAAGUAUAUCUGAAUACUCAGAGAAGAUUAUCAAGUCGAAUCACCUGCACAAUGUCAUCACCAUCUUCAAGGGCAAGGUGGAGGAGGUGGAGCUCCCCGUGGAGAAGGUGGACAUCAUCAUCUCGGAGUGGAUGGGCUACUGCCUCUUCUACGAGUCCAUGCUCAACACCGUCAUAUUUGCCAGGGACAAGUGGCUGAAACCCGGAGGCCUGAUGUUCCCCGACAGGGCCGCUCUCUACGUCGUCGCCAUCGAAGACAGGCAGUACAAGGACUUCAAGAUUCACUGGUGGGAAAACGUGUACGGAUUCGACAUGAGCUGCAUUCGCAACGUGGCCAUCAGAGAGCCUCUGGUGGAUGUGGUAGAUACCAAGCAGCUGGUGACCAACGCCUGCCUCCUGAAGGAAGUGGACAUCUACACCGUGAAGCCAGAGGACCUGUCCUUCACCUCAGCCUUCUGUCUGCAGAUUCAGCGCAAUGAUUACGUCCACGCCCUGGUCACUUACUUCAACAUCGAGUUCACCAAGUGUCACAAGAAGACGGGAUUUUCCACCGCUCCAGAUGCUCCCAGCACUCACUGGAAGCAGACGGUGUUUUACUUGGAGGACUACUUAACUGUCAAGAAAGGAGAGGAGAUCUUUGGCAGCAUCACCGUCCGGCCCAAUGAGAAGAAUGUGCGUGACCUGGAGUUCACCCUCGAGCUGGACUUUAAAGGACAGCUCUGCGAGGCCGCCCUCUCCCACGACUAUAAAAUGCGCUAGGAACAACACGACGACAGCAGCGGUGGCGGCGCUCUGGCGUGGACGUUCCCGCGGCCCCUCUGGACACAUCUGGAGAGGGGGGGGGGAAGGGCUCAGGCUCCCAGACACGAAUCUCAGCUGGCUAACGAGGGUGACCCCGGACAAAUCUGAUUGGAUGCCACUAUGCCAGCAACUAAGCGAUGUCACCAGAAUAGGCAAGUCUUCUUAUCAGCAAUAGUUCCAUCACGUGAACCAACUCGAUCGACCCGGGCACAUCGUUGAAUGUAACCUCUGAAAAUAACUUGAGUAUUUUUUUCUCGACUUUUAAUUUUUUGGAUUAUAAAAUUUAAAAAAGCAUUUAAGAGUCUUUAUAUUGUUAGUGCAGCUAAUUGAAAAGUAUUGAUCUGUGUGAUGUUGAAAGGGUAAGAGCACAGUCAUUACCUGUUUUUACUUAAGUUAUUGUCAAGACUGAUGAUUUUUGUGUGUAAUUGUAUUGAAGGAACAGUGAUUUUUUUUUUGUUGUUUCAUUAUUUAUUCGCAUUUGAUUUUUUGUUGCUGUUGCUUUAUUGACUUCAGGAAGAUGAACUGUAAUUCAUUUAUUUAUUUUCAUUGAGGACAAUGAUUCAGAACAACUGUACUUUGGUGCCAGAAUAAAACAGAACAACGUCUCCGGGCAGGAACCAACACACAGAUGCAGCACGUCGUGAACCACUUUGUGUCGGAAAGAACGUGAUGAAUAAAAUGACAAAGAAUCAAAGGCAAA